AUGCGUGUGCUUCAGGUCCUCCUGCUGCUCCUAGUGCUGCGGUCAGUGGAGGUCCGCAGGCACUCAGGGGCUGGUGAGGGGGCAGGGCGGCGGGUGCGGGCAGGUGAGGGGGGGGCGGGGGGCAGGGUGCGGGGCAGAGGCAGAGCUGCAGUGAACAGACGCCAGACUCCACAGUGUAAAGAAUACGAGGAAGCCGGAGAGAAGUACCUGGACUGUCAGGACCGUCAGCUCACCACCGUCAUGCAGGACUGGCCAACGGACAUACACCACCUGCUGCUGGCACGCAACAAGAUCCAGGUUUUGCGAGACAACAUGUUCUCCCAGUUCACGCAGUUGAAGAGUCUGGACCUACAGCAGAACAUGAUCUCAUUGGUGGAAGAACGAGCAUUCAGCGGCCUGUCCCAGCUCACCACUCUGCUACUCCAACACAACAGCCUCACAACAGCCUCAGAGGAAGUCCUACUACCCCUGCCCCGCCUCACCUACCUCCGUAUCUACGACAACCCCUGGCACUGUCAAUGCUCUCUGGACAGUCUCAUCAGGACCAUACAGGUGCCUAGCAACCGCAACCUCGGCAACUACGCCAAAUGUGCCGAACCGAUGUCACUGAAAGGGAUGAAGUUGAAGAAAAUCGAUGUGGAUACGCUGUGUGUGGAUAAAAAGCCAGGUGGAGGUGGAGAAGGUGGGCAGGCAGGAGGGGGGAGGCCCAAACCAACCAGACGACCCAAAAUGGAUGCUACGUCAAUGUGCCACACGUACAUGUUCCCCAGACCGGUGCUGGACUGCAGUCUUAAAGAUCUGAAGAGUGUCCCAUCUGACCUGCCCUCUGACGUUGUAAGGAUGGACUUGUCCAGGAACUCCAUCAGAACCCUCAGGCCCAAACAGUUCCUGCUGUCCAAAGACCUUAAACUGCUCAAUCUCAGCAGCAACAACCUGCAGAAGAUCGACACAGCUGCUUUUGCCGGUCAGCUCUACCUCCGUGAGCUGGACCUGUCCAACAACAGCCUGCAUUAUUUCCAGUACGGCGUUCUGGAGGACUUGUACUUCCUCCGAACACUCUCCCUGGGCCAGAACCCCUGGAUCUGUGACUACAAUAUCCACUACCUGGUCUACUGGCUCAAGCACCACCCCGGGGUCUCCUACUCCGGCCUGGUGUGCUCAGAACCGCCUGAGUUCCGAGGGUGGAGAGUCGAGGAUUAUGUCAAGACCUACAACGGGGAGUGUCCCAAAGAUAAGCAGACGGAUUUGGACAUAAGCCCCGGGGUGCAGGGGGGAGAGAAUGAGGCGCAGGAGGUGGUGGGGGAGACAGAGGGGCAAGGCCUACCACGACCCAUCCAAGAGAAACCAAACAGGAUUGAGAUUAUUAGAUUAAAUUAGAUACGGAGAAAUUAGAAUCUUUCAAUGUUCAAAUUUUGACAGUGGGCAAUGAUGUUGCCUUAGAACGGUGUUUCUCAAAAUUUUAAGGGCAUACUUCUCAAAAUAACCAUGUGGUCAACUCGGGACCCCCACGAUAUAAUGAAAAUGUUUGCAAGUUACAUUUUAGUGGCAAAAACUCUUCAACUUUCAUUUGAGUAGUUCACUGUGUUAUUUGAUCUGAUUCUCUACAAAAUAUUUAGUUCACGGUGCGUUAUUUAUUCACUCCACACUUCAUGGUGAUAAGUUACUCAUAGUUACUCAUAGCCACAGCUGCCUUUGGGUAAACAAAGAGAAACAAUCGACCUCUCCAACACACUCACACCAUAUUUAAAGUGGUAGUUGUGGGUGAAGUGUCUUGCAUGACGACACAGUGACAGUUUCCAUUAGGGCCACUGCUCCUCCACUAUUUUCAGUGGUCUCCUACUGAAGUACUAACCAGGCCAGCCUUGCUUAGCUUCUGAAAUUUGACAAAAUUGGGCACUGACAAGCAGGCAUGACAACUAAUAAUGAAAUAAUGUUGGAAGUGAGAUUUGUUUUAACAGCUAAAACCUCCUCUAACAAUAUUGUACCACUUUAAAUGAACAGAAAUCAGUAGGGCUCUCUCAUGGUUCAUACAGUUCAACCAGGACUAACCCAAAACUCAUUAUGUUGACAUAUUACAAAAGACUCUGUGGAGCCCUUACCACAGUUUGAAAAGCCACCUGAGAUACUGUUAAUGUGUAAGUUAGGUUUUCUUUUCUGUAGACCUUUUCCCAUUUGAGUCUGUAUCAGAUAUUUGAACUUUCUUCUUUACGUUGUUUUUAAUCUUUGUGAACUGCAGGUGCUGCUUUUGCUACAACGAAAUUAGAAUUGAAUUCAGGAAAUUUUGAGAUAGCAUUUUUGUUACUGAUAAGGUACAGUAGUUUUUGGUCUUGUUUAAUAUGUUAUAAUAUUGUUGCUCAUUUUCUGGGAAAUAAA